AGUACGGUGGCGAGGGAUCAUUUACUAAUGCCUAAUUUGUAAUUUUAUAAAUGUCUAAAAUAGUUAUGUACUCAGAAUUGUUGGUGUCUGUUUAUUCCUAAGUUUGGUUUAUGUUUUGGGCUUAGUUUCAAUUCAUAAUAAGUGUAGAGUGUACAUUAAAAGUUUAUAAAAUUGUUCUCGGUUCCACCAUUGAAAUAACCAAGUAGUGGCUGAGUACCAGAAAAGGUUCACCGACAGCGCAUUGCAGACUGGAGUAGGUUUACUCACAUGGAAUGUAGAUUCAUAUCACUAUGAAUGGCAUAGUAAAUGGUACUAUGGAAAAUCCGAUUGACACCUCUGCCCCGACUCCCUCAGACAAUUUAGAGAUUAAUAAGAAACCUGCUUCUGAAGGCUGUGAUAAUGCGAGCAAUGUCUGUGAAAAUAGCAAUCACACUGAGGACAGUAAUCACUUAGACAGUGAGAGCAGUCAAGGAGGUACAGCUAACAGUACUGAAGAAGAUAUAGAAAUUGACAAUAGUAAUUGCAGUGAAAGCCAAGAUGUUGAACUCGAAUUGGCAACAGAUGUACAUGAUCUGGCAGAUCCAGAUACUGAAAAUGAUAAUGAUAAUAUAAUAUUUAUGGACAGUAAUUGUGGCAAUAGUAAUGAAUCAUAUCCAGACUCAUUGACAGGCUGCCAUGUCAAGUCUGAUAUUAAUGAUGAUUUGCUGCGUAAAUUGAUGAUACAAAAAAAUAAAGAAGCCGAAGCAGCAAGAGCUUUGGGGAAAAACGCCACUUCCAUCACACGCAUUACUGAAAUUACUCCAGAAGACAAUUCUGAUACUAUGAAUGACUCAGAAGUUGACUCUUCAGAUGAUGAGAUAUUUGAAUGUGAAGCUAGGGCAGAAGAUACAGUAAGUAUUAAUUCUGACAGUGAACCAGAGAGAAUAGAUGAUUUCUCAGAAGGGGGUGUAAUUAAAAUAAAAAAUAAGAAUAAUGUUAUAGUAUUAGCAAAUGAAGAUUCACCCAGUCAAAAUGGAAACUCUCAUGGUUCACCAAGUCCAGAAGUUCAAGAAAUUGAAAGUGAUAAUGAUGACUGUCUCGUGGAAGAAGAAAAACCUAGUAGUGAUAACAAAGUACAACUGCGCCGUAGUAGUAGAGCUAUAAAGCGUAAAAAAUAUAACGACGAAGUGGAAAAUGGUGGGCAUAUAUCUGACAUAGAAGAAGUUACAACAGAAACUGUACACCGCAAAAAUAAGCCGAUUGUUAUUAAUGAUACCAAGGCUUUAGUUGAAAUGGCAGCCAGGCAGAUGAAAUUAAAUCAAAAUAAUAACCAGAAGAAGGAACCAACUGUUGUUAUUAUCGAUACCAAUGCCUCACAUUCUGAAAAGGCUUCAGCAUCACCUAAACCUACUGGGUUGCCAAUAAGUUCUAGUUUAAGUGCACAAAGUUUAUAUCAAAGCAUUGUUGCCCGUGGGACAACAGUGACACCCGUUAGUAGCAAGUCUAAUGUGGCAGCACAGAGUUCUUCUCAACCUGCACAAUCUUCUAUAUUACCUUCUUUAACAGAUGAUAUGUUCGUAGUUGAAGCACCGUCAUUUAUUGUGCCCUAUGUUUAUGAAAAACCUUCUGUGAAACCCUUCAGAGAAUUUGUAGACUUGUUGGGCAAGGAACUGGAUGAACAGAAAGCCAAAGAAGAAAAAGAAAAACAAAGUAAGGAUACAAAACAGAAGCACAAUAAAAAAGAAAAUGGUGAUGAGGAGGGAUCUGAUCCUAAAUAUUCAUCGGCACAAUCCGAACAAGGUAAUGAAGUCGAUGACAAGAAAAAGAGGAAAAAAGAGAAAAGGAAGAGAGGCGGCGAAGAAGACGAUGCUUCUUGGGAUGGUGACACAUCCACAGACUCGGAGGAUGAGAUCCUAAUGAGUGAUGAAGAAAAUAAGACUAUUAUUAUUAAAGAUAAAGUUGAUUCUAUUGAAGAGAUAAAAGAUGUUGCAGACUUAACUGCAGAUAAGGUGUGCUCAAACAAAACUGAUAAUUAUUUCGACUGUUCCCUUGGAAAGUUUUUUAUUAAUAUUGGCUUAGGUCUUGUUCAGGAAUAUGUACAAAGUGAUUUAUUAAAACAACAAACUCGAAAAUUAAAUCGUGAGAAGAAGACCGGACAUAGCACUAAAAACACUGAAGCGUCUAUUGCUUCUUUGAUAAAAAAUAUUGAAUUCAGCAAAGAAAAUAAUGCGCCUUAUUCGUUUACACAAAAUAAAUGCGAAUUUUGUAGUUUUAAGACAGAAUCUAAGUUGGCAAUGGCCCAUCACUUGGAGACUCCCCAUAUGAAGAAUAAUGUUUAUAAAUGUAACUUUUGCGCAUUCGAAAUACGAAGUCCUCAUGACAUUUUGUAUCAUAUGGAAGCUGAACAUAAUGUUAGAGGAAAGUUAGAGAGAGCACCUGCGUACCAUCAAUGCGCCAACUGUCCUUUUGAGGACAAUGGCAAGGGAAAAUUGGCACGUCAUCUAAUACCGUGUGCCAAGAAAUUCAAACCUGAAACAAAUUUGGCUCCACCACUUGAAUGGGAACCUCCUGCUAAGAUACCAAAGAUAACGAGAUCCCGCAAUAAUAUGAUGGGUUCUUAUCAAAAUACAUUCAAUCGAAGUAACAUUCAUAACAGUCAGGGGCGGCAGUCUUCCAACAUGUCUAACGCCAUGCCAGGUCUAAGUUCCUCAUACAGGCCUCGGGGCCGGACCCCUAUGACCGUGCCUCCACGUGGCAUGCCUGUCCAUGGCGUACCGAUCUUGCGCGGUGGUGUGAUGGUUAGGCACAACGCCCCCGUCCUUAUGUCCUCGAAUUAUCCAGCUGCAAAUAAUACCAAGCAGAAGUCUGUGCAUCAGCCAUCGAUUUCCAUUACACCCUUACCAAGACAACCACCACCUGUGCAGCUCCCGCCUCCUGCUAUCAACUCGAAGAGUACUUUCGUCAUUUGUGAGAUUUGUGAUGGUUAUAUAAAAGACCUUGAACAAUUACGGAAUCACAUGCAGUGGAUACACAAAGUCAAGAUACAUCCUAAGAUGAUCUACAACAGACCACCCCUUAAUUGCCAAAAAUGUCAAUUUAGGUUUUUCACGGAUCAAGGUCUCGAGCGACAUUUGUUGGGUUCCCACGGCCUCGUCACAAGUUCAAUGCAAGAAGCCGCCAAUAAAGGAAAAGAUGCGGGCAGGUGUCCCGUAUGUGGCAGGGUGUAUCAGUGGAAGUUACUGAAUCACGUGGCGCGAGACCACAAUCUGACUUUGAAACCAGCUCAUCUUUCGUACAAAUGUACCGUAUGCACAGCUACAUUUGGAAUGUACAAACAGUUUGAGAAUCACGUGUAUUCAGCCCAUAGUGUUGUGGCCAAACGAGUCAUGGACAAAAGCAAGAGUUCGGUGCCUGCAAAGACUAAUAAUAGUGAUACUCUUUUGAAGCCAUUAAAAAUUAAUGAUGAGAUUACUAUAAUACCACAGCCAGUGAAGGGAGCGGCUGAAGAUGAUGAUUAAGAAGUGAAGGUGGCAGAGGUCGCCGUAUCUUCGGGCUGCGAGCUUGCCGGUGCCUUCGAGCCACGAUGUUACGGAGGGCAGAGCCCAUCGCCGGCCGUGGUGGGACACUUAGUACCAGUGUACAUUCCAACUUAGCCAAUAAAGCUUUAUAAAACGCUACCUAGGUUUAGACAUAAAAAUAUUACUUACGGUAAUUUAACGACUAGUUUCGAACGAUUUUAAAUAUAAUAGUUCUUCACCUUGUUGUGGCAAUGUAGGUAUUUAGACUUCUAAAAGAAUAUCUUACACUGCCUUGGCUUUAAAAGCCAGUGAUAUAUUAUUUAUAUCAUAAAUUCGAUUACGGGAUGUAGACUUUGAAUUUGGUUUUAUACAAGUAAUUAUGUACGGUGGUUGUUUGUAAUUUUUGAUGUUGUAAAUUUUGGUAACAUUUAACGUAAUUUUAAUAAUAUGGAUUGUGAGGAAUGUACACCGGUUACGCAGAGAGAUAACUCACGUAAAUGCUAAAUAUACCUCAGCGAAUCUUAGAUUAUAUUGUAAUUUUAUAUAAGGUAUUAUAAUGUCAUGUACCGCGAGGGGUAAAAUGGAAAUUAGAACUUUAUUUGAUUUAUGCAGUAGUUAAAGAGUGUGUGAAGGUUGUGUUAUCACAGAAAGGUCUUGGCAGGUCAUGGCAAACCAAAGGCCGCACUCGUAUAUAAAAACACGCACGUAAAAUGUUUUAUAUGAGAACUCUCUUACCAUCCACUCAUACGAGAGAAAAUUCGCGCUUACAUUAAUUAUUUUAAAGAAUUUGACUUUAGAUUUAGUCUAUGAAAAAAAUUAAUGAAAAACAUAACAAGAAAAGUAUUGAAAUUGAUAUUAUGUUGUCAAUCCACGAGAAGAAUAACGUGGAUUGUUGUCUAACGCUUCGUGCGUUAUACACUAAAUUUACCGACUGUAACAAAACUUAAAAAAUAAUCUUAUAGUCUACAUACUAUGUAAGUAGAUUUUGUCCAGCCCAGGUUGUGUGGGAGAAUGACUGUAGAGUUAUAGAAUAAUAGUAUUUGAGAGAAGUGGAAUGUUUUAAACUGCAAGUCUGAAAGUUAUUGGUUUCAUGAACAUGAAUAAUUAGCCUAAACAAUUAAAAAGAAUGAAAAGCAAUAAGCGGUUAGCUUUACAUCAUUAGAUUGCCAGUUUUGAAGUUUUUCAGGGUAGUUAGGCUCGUUAAAGUUAGUGGUAGGGUCCCAUUCACUCCAUUCGCGUAUGAUCUGUGAAAGUUGCUAGGAAUGAACAGCAUUUUAAAUGAAAUUAAUAAAGUUGCAAAAAAAAAAAUGAAAAAUACGACAAGAAUUGUUUUACUCUUUGUGGCUGCGAUUUAUGUACUUAAUUACUUCUAUUUUUCUUUUCCGAACAAUAUUUUACGUUAAUCCCUAACCAUGGACAUAGAAAUUUCAUUUCAUAAGGGACCAACUUCGACGCGUAGGUACAUAUUUUAUCAAAUAAAAUAAAAAUGCAUAAUCAUACGCCGAUGUCCUCGUUUGCUAUUACCGUGGAUAAAAAACAAUGUACAGCAUGGUCUGCUAAGUAAAAUGUGUGGUUCAAAGUAAUUUUGUGUCAGAUCUCUGAGCCUCUGAUAAUUGGUUUUAGCAAAAAUUGUACAGUUUCAUUCCUAGCAUAACUUGUUUAAUUUGAUUCAUAAAAACUAUAAUUUGAUGUGUUUUGCUCACUGUCCUUUUUUUCUACAGUUACUCUCGUUGAUUCAAAACAUGAGGGACUUCAAAAUUUUACGAAUUACCGAACGUUUCAAAUAUUAAUUGGUUCGUUUGAAUUAACCUCGAAUUAAAGUCGAAUGCAUUUUGUAAAUGAUAGUGAUUAUUCAUAUUUCAUUCAUAAUGCUGUUCAAAAUGUUUCUGCAAUUUAUAAUUCUAUGCCAAUGAGUACAAAAUUCUAGUUUGAAAAGUCUAGUUUGACUGAACUAUUUCAUUGAAAAGAUAACUGGUAAUUAGCUAAAUGGUCAAUUGUACAAGUUGUACUAUGGAGCAGGGCCCUAUUUCUUUCAAAUUAUUUGUAAGGAAAAAGUUUACAUCUAAAUAAGCCAAUAUUGGCCAGUAAAUCCUGAAAACUAGACGCUAAGUUUUUAUUAUAGUUAUUUAUUGAAAUUUUGCGACUACACUAUUACAAUUUCUAGUCCGGAUUUAGGCGUAAAGGCACAGGGCUCUGCUUAGCGUUAGGCUACUAUGACAUUAUGGCUCAUACGAGGUGAUAGUAAGCAUGUGUUUUACAAUUUCGAGUUUUCAGUCCUUGCAGAGUUACAUUGGAAAUUGAAUCAAACAAUUGAUUACAGAGCUAAGUCGAAGACUAAGUUAAAUGAUAAUUAAUUAAAAUAUCAAGGGCCUGUCCCACGACGUCCGGUUAGGCAAUAGGGGAAUUUAAUAAAUUAAAAACUGAAAUAGGUAUAUUUAUUAUGCUAGUUAUUUUGACCAAAACUUAUCACAAGUGAACAGACUUUAAGAGUGCCGAUAAAGAAUACAUAAGUAGUGCCGGUAAAUAUUACAUUAACGUUUCGAUCUAAAUAACAGAACAUGUAAUUUUUGGCUCGGUUUUACUAGUUCACAUAUUUUGUUAGCAUUUCGACCAAAAUAUAUGUUUCAGGGUAAAUUAAAAUUUUAUCGGAUAUAUUAGUAGUAAUAUUAAUACACAUAGUAAGUUUCAUAUCACAUUCUGCGGAGUUUAGCAAUUAGAAAUUAUGCAAAUGAUUAAUAAAUGAGAUGGCUUAUGCCCUCCACGUAUUUAUCGGUGUCCGAUGCUCUCGGACAUGUUGUCCUUGAUUAGUACUGUGGCAUAAUAUUUCAUAUAACUCUUAUCACGACUGAAAGGACCUAUAGACACGACUAUUGAAUUGGCGCACAGUAAGGUAAUUAGAGAAUAAAUGUGAUUAAAAUAGGAGCAUUACCUAUGUUGCAUAUAGUUAUGAUAUGUUAAAAAUAACUUGUGUUGUUUUUCAUAGAUCUUAUAAAUAUUGAGAUGUUUUAUUUACAGAUAUUAAUACUUAAAUAUAUAGCUUACUAAACAAUGAUAUAUUUACCAAGAGUUUAGUUUGGUGCAAUAUUUUGUAGAAUGUUACCUGGCCUUGUGUUAUAAGCCGGCUCUACACUCGCGGCGCAGACAGCCGCAAUAACACGUGAUAGCUGCAAAUCACGACUUCGCUCCUUCUGUUUCUCACUCGCCGGUGCCGGUUCCCGAUCAGUGUCGGGUUUUUGACUCGCGACAAAGAGUUGUAGGUGCAACACCAAACGGUGUCACGGUGAAUGUGACUAACAGCUUUUCGAAGUAGCUUACUAGCGUAGGCAUCGUAGGUCGUCGUGUUGGUUCAAAUUGAAUGUUACGUGGAGCUUAUAUUUUCGUCAGCUCAUACAUAUAGAUUAGGUAGACCUACUAGAAUUUCAAAGGCGAACUAUUUUUAUUUUGAACAACACAGAUAAUAGGCAUACAAUUCGCGGCGUUCAUUCGCGGCGCAACUACAUGCUCGAGUGUAGAACCGGCUAUAGUUGCGAAGCCCGUCGCUUAUUUACAUUACGUGGUUAGCUCCUCUUACCAUAUAUGCUACUGUUUGACGAAUAUUGAUGUUAUCUACAAUCGUAUUGCAAUACAAAAUAUGUUUAGUAAAUAUUUUGAAUAAUUCAUAAAUAUGAUUAGACGUAAUAUUGCCAGUUGCGAUUAGUUUUAACUUUUAAUGACAAAUAAUGGUUAAAAAUUUGCUUGUUUUCCAUAAAUAGCAAAUAGCAUCAAUUAAAGUCUUAUACAAUUUCCAAUAUCAAUAAUUAUCGAUACAGCUCUAUCGUCAGAUGACUAUUUACUGGAGUCUCCAGAUUAAUUGACUGAUUUGAAAUUUGAAUAUUUUUUUGACCUUUUUUAUAAUUAUUAUGUUAUCAUUUCAAUAUUUAUAUUUACCAUGUGACAUAUGUUUUACAAUUUAUUUUAUUAUGUGUCUUAAUAAUACAAUUAAAAAACAAAUUGAACUGUGAGGUAAAUCUACAUCGGCGAAGUUUUUAUUUAUACACGCAAUAGCGAGACUAGUGGUUUUCAUAAAAGUAUUUUGAUUGUAACUGACCUGAUUUUAAUUAAACUUCAUAAUUAAUCAUUUCUAAUAAUCGCCAACGUGGAUUAGACAAGUAAUGAUUCGUAAACGAGGAACUCAUACGAUAUCAAAGGCUAGUUUUAUUACCACUAUCAUGUGUACGUACCUGAUAUAUUUAACUGGCAGAUUUAAAUUCCGUUUCAUUUAAAAUUGAUUAGAUAAUCGCUGUCCAAAGCCUUUGAUCCCCGUAUACAACGUCCGAUUGUUAUGAAUAUCUUAUAAAAAUAAUUUGUUUUUAAAGAGCAUUGCCAUUUUUAAAAUGAACUUUGACUACGCAUGUUUGUGCCGGCCGAAAUUAGUAACAAAUUGCAAUGUAAAGCGUAAGACAUAUUUUUGACUUUAGUUGUAUGCAGUUCCUGUCAAAAUUGUAUUGAUUUCGGUUACAUAGGACAUACAUUGAUUUCAGUUGAAGCAGGUUGUUAAUUUCGGCUGUAAAUCGCAUUAUGUGAUUGAGUCUGCUUAAUUGAGCGGAAAGCUUGCCUGGAAAGUUUUCCGGGAGUAUUGAAAAUUAGCAAAUUAGAUUUAAUACUUUCUUUCCAAUUUCUACAUCUUGCCAAUCUCGGAAAACUGUCGGUUAUUGUCGAGAGACUUGGAAAGAGCCAAUCAAAAUUAAAAAAUUGCCAAAUUUCAAGACUCCUGGAAAACAUUCACGGCAAAACUAUCAAAUGAUCGAGUUAUUUGUCAAUCUGAAUAUCAUUGUGAUUAUAUCAUUAUCAUUUGAAUAGUAAUAGCUGCUGUGGUAAUACAAAUAAGUUUAAACACAUAGCGUAAUAAUUAAUAUAUAAUUAUUAUCCAAUUUCAUGAAUUUCUUUUUGAUUGUGCUAUGACGGAUGAUUGAGUUUAGGAUGGGGCAUUCCUAAUGGAUGAAGAAUAUAUUUGAUUGUAAUAGUACCGGAGGUGCGUGGUAAAUAUUUAUUAUUUAAACUUAGGUUGUUAAACUAGCUUUUAGUUAAAUUGAUAGUAAAGUAAUAACUUAAAGAUUUAUUUUCUGCUAUUGUGUUUUCUUUUCGACUUUUGUGUUUCGAACUGAGUGAUUACGAGUAGUGGAACCUGAUUGAUUUCAUAAUACCUAAACGAAUACGAUCCAAAAGUUUUGUAUAAUUUUGUUAUCUUGUAAAUAACAGGUAUCAUUAAGUAUUUGUAAUAAAGAUACCUUACCAUUA